AGCUCUCCAUCAUUGACCAAUCUCCGCCCCGUCGAGUCGCUCAGCCGCUUCCGUGGCCUUGAGUUCCAUUGAGCUCGUGGCUUCCGCAGCAGAAGCUCCGUCUCUCGUGUCCGUUGCCGUCGAUCGUCCCCCUUCGCGUCCCUUAUUCACGUAGCUCUCUCUCUCUCUCUAGAACCAAACAGCCUCACAGAGAAGGAGCUCAAUGUUUUAGCUGUAACAGGCGUCCAUGCAGGAAGGAGAAUCAGCGGAAGUAGGAUUAGGAAUAGCGAAUGGAGGAAUUGAAGAAGGAAAUCGAAUGGAAGUAGGAGAAGACGGCGGAUUCAGAAAUCGAGAGCGUGUAAGAAUGGUUUGGACUUGACAGACGGCGGGAGAAGCAGGCGGACGGAGGAGCCCCUUCGCUCCCAAUUCGCGACGUCCGAAUGCUCAUGGAGGGCUUCACACGCGUGCCCGGUCGUCCACUCCUCAACGCCUGUCCAAUCCGAGCCAGAAACUCUCCCACUCAUGUCCGCGCUUCCCCUUUGGAAAGGACUCGGAUGGUUCUCUUCAAGAUGCUCAACCAUCAAGUAUUUGAUGAUAUAAGUGCUUGCAUUUCCACUGGUAAAGAAGCAAAUGUCUAUCAUGCAACAAAAUCUGAUGGGCAAGAAUUGGCAAUUAAAGUCUACAAGACUUCAGCGCUGGUGUUCAAUCACUGCUGCAUUGUGGAGAAUGUCGGCUUGUAUCGUUUGAUAGUUACUUGUUUUAUCUUAUGUUAGGAGCUACUGUCAGUUCUUUUUCUUAAGUAUCUGGCCGAAAGGAGCUAUUCUUAGUUUGCAAUGUGAUUUUACUUCAAGACUAGAAUAUUGAUUCUGUAGUGGUGUCUCGUGCAUAUAGUUUCAUGGUAGGUUUUGCUUUUCUUUUCUUCUAUUUGUUAUUAUAUGAUUUUCUUCCAUCGUGGGAUAAGGCCAUGGACACAGCCUCAUUAAUGUAAAGGAGUUACAAAUCUGAGAUCUCAGGCCUGCUUUGUGCCAAGAAAAAGAUUCAUGGCUAUAUCUGCCUGUCCAAUUUCUGUUCUUCCUUUCAUCUCGUUCUCCUCCGAUGUUAUGGGCUCUCUUAAUGCUUUUUACCACAGAACCGAGAACCUUUAAUUCUUCUGGAUCAAAACCUAUGUCAUCUAGUUAUCGAAGUCAAGUUGUUCUUCUGUUAACAAAUGGUCUUAAUAUUAGUUGACUCUGAAGUUAAUAUCAUGAAAAACUAAGGAUGGAGGUCUUACUUCUAAGCCUUGGAGCAUUCCAGCCAUAUAUCUACCUUUAUUUGGACGCCAAACUGUGCUGUCACUUCGACCCACAAACAUAAACCGGAGGAGAGCUGUGAUGAUUGACUUGCACUGAAUUCUGCAUCUCACCUACUGGAAGUUCUGAAGUGACCACUUAUCUGGAUUUGUUCCCUUUGCUCAACUCAUGUUGUGCAACUCACUGUUGUCUUGACUGAUUAGCACUAUGCAUUUACUCCUUUUGAUACUCCAUCCAAACUGUUUUUCACCAUGAACUAUAACUCUUAGCUUUCUAUGGUCUUUAUAGAUAGCAGUUGGUGUCUGAUGCUAUAUUCACGCAAACUCCAUACAUAUGGUACUAUUAUACUCGUCUGAACCAGGACCAGCAUUAACAUCGAGAAUAGUCCACGGUGAGACUAAUAACUGUUAGGACAAAACAUCAAUAAACAGUAUUUAAUAACAAAUUUUCUGUCUCCGUAGUCAAUCCAUACGCCUUUAACCUUUGUUUUGGCAUCAAAGAAAUAGUCGGUUUAACAAGCUCCUUGCUUCUGUCAAUGUUACUCCAUGAAUUUUAGGUAGUAAAUGGUUAUCAGUAUAGCAUCUUGCAAAGAUUUUGAUGCAGGAUCUAACUGUACUACUGUGUAUGAAUUUUCAACAGGCUAUAUAGCGAACUUUGAACUGUGAUGUUUUCUUGUCAUACAAAAUAUUAUAUAGCCCUGGGACCAAAUUUGCUAGGCACCUAGGUAAUACUAGAUCAAAGUGGAAGCCACUUGUGCCAACCAGAUGUUUGUAGUGCAUCUGCUUCUUGGUGCACCCAGUUUUUACUUCUCUUGGGAGACUUUUUCUUAUGGAAACCUGAUGCACGUACUUAUGAUGCUGAGAAAAUGCUUUGCGCAUUUGUGGUUUGUUUUACGGAGAGAUUAUAUUGUAGUCUACAGGGAGUAGCAAUCUAAAUUUACAUUCUUCAUUGGAUGUGGUGACAAUUACGUUUUCUUUCAGUCAUAUAUACUGAAGACACUAGAUUUGGUGAAGAGUGUGUGAGAGAUGUGAUUCGGAUAACAAGUGGGAAGGACGGUGGAGACGUGUAUUACAAGACUAUUACCUGGUUACAUAAGGCUCUCACGAAGGAGGACGCUAAUGCUAUAGAAAAGGCGACUGAUCCUGGUGAUAAUACUAAAGCUUGCGGUAGCGAACCCAAGUCUGAUAGAGAUGUAGAUGAAGAUUGUAAGAAAAUGAGCCGGCUUCCGAAACCGAGGUGCAGGCUCCUGUUGACAAGAAGGCUGCUUGGAAGGAGAACAAAAAGAAGGUCAAAGAGGAAAAUGGUAAGCGUGGAAAAACAAAGUCCCCAAGGCUGUGAAGAAAGAAGGAGAAGUUGGCCAAAGCCUAUAAGACUAGGUAGUCGUUACUGGCCGUGGUAUUAAUAUACGUGUUUUUCGGUAUUUGUCGAUAGAGAGUGAGUCUCGUAUUGUAUAAGUUUAAUUUACCGGAUGUGGAGAUGACUUUGCACCUUUCAGCGGUAAAAACCCAGUUUUAGCUGAGAAUACAGCGAGAGGGAUAAGUUCAUGUUGGUCUUGUAUUGUGUCAGGGUAGCGUUCUUAGAUGGUGUUGGUAUAUUGUUCCAAGGUAAAUUAUAUAGCAGCUUCUUCUUUUCUGUUUUUUUCCCUUCUUUUUGCUAGUGAUUAUAAGGACGGAGGCCUUGGUAGGAGUUGGCUAUGACCUAAUCGAAUCCCGGUUCUGAUCCACUAUCCAUGGUUGGAUACCUGACAUGAUAUUAAUUUGAUUUUUUCACUUACUUUAGGGGGUGAGAAAAUGAUUAAUUUUUAUCUAUUGGAUUGAGCAUUGCUUGGCUGGCUUA